CGCAGGUUGUACAGUGUUCACCACUGUUGGCACGCAGGAGAAACGGUCAUUCAUGAAGAAACAGUUUCCACAGUUGACAGACCGCAAUAUUGGCAGCUCUCGAGACACCUCUUUUGAGCAACUCAUCAUGUCAGAGACAAAUGGUAGAGGCGUGGACCUUGUUUUCAACUCCCUCACUGAGGAAAAGCUGCAGGCCUCUGUACGGUGUCUUGCCCCUCGAGGACGGUUCCUUGAGAUUGGAAUAUUUAACCUUCAGAAGAACAACACUAUUGGCAUGGAGGUGUUCCUAAAGAGGACAAGCUUCCAUGGAGUCAUGUUAUCCAAAGUGGUCUCUGGAUCCAUUGAGUUUAAGAAUAAGGUGCAUGACUGUGUAUCUGAAGGCAUAGCGACAGGGGCAGUACGACCACUAUCCAGGACUGUUUUUUCAGACACUGAAGUGGAACAAGCUUUCAGGUACAGUUGUCAUGAUGGAGAUGAUGGAAGAACUUCAGAGAAUAUUGUGUAAUAUUGUUUUCUUAUUUCUUCACUUCCCCUUUGAUUACUGGGAGUAGCUCCUGCUAUUUCAUAAUCACCUUUCAGCAGCCACAAUCUUCCUCUUUAUAUGUUUUCUCAUUGUUCAAAAGAAAGCAGGGUUUUAUUAUUGUUUACACCAUUUUUGUCUUUUGUCAUUUUUAG